AUGCAGACGUGCGCCAGGGCCUGGGGGCAGCGCCUGGCUCGCGGAGUCGGGGGCGGCCGCCGUCUGGCUGGGGGCGCCGGGCUGCGCUGGGCACCGCCAGGCCGGAACAGUAGUAGUGGUGGCGUGGACAGCGGUGCCCCUGGGGCCUCGCGACUCCUCGAGCGCCUCCUGCCCAGACACGACGACUUCGCUCGGAGGCACAUCGGUCCCGGGGACAAAGACCAGAGGGAGAUGCUACAGGCCCUCGGGCUGGCGAGCAUUGAAGAACUGAUCGACAAGACCAUCCCCGCCAGCAUCCGUUUGAAAAGACCCUUGAAAUUGGAAGACCCUAUUUGUGAAAAUGAAAUCCUUGCAACUCUGCAUGUCAUUUCCAGCAAAAACCAGAUCUGGAGAUCGUAUAUUGGCAUGGGCUACUACAACUGCUCAGCACCACAGACAAUUGUGCGGAACUUACUGGAGAAUUCGGGAUGGGUCACACAGUAUACCCCUUAUCAGCCAGAGGUGUCCCAGGGGAGGCUGGAGAGUUUACUCAACUACCAGACAAUGGUGUGUGACAUCACAGGCCUGGACACAGCCAACGCAUCCUUGCUGGACGAGGCCACUGCAGCUGCAGAGGCGAUGCAGCUCUGCUACAGACACAACAAGAGGAGGAAAUUUUUUGUGGACCCUCGUUGCCACCCGCAGACCAUAUCUGUGGUGCAGACUCGAGCCAAAUACAAUGGAGUACUCAUUGAGCUGAAGUUACCCCAUGAAAUGGACUUCAGUGGAAAAGAUGUCAGUGGAGUGCUGUUCCAGUAUCCAGACACUGAGGGGAAGGUGGAGGACUUUACAGAACUCGUGGAAAGAGCCCAUCAGAAUGGGAGCCUGGCCUGUUGUGCUACUGACCUUUUAGCUCUGUGUAUCCUGAGGCCUCCUGGAGAAUUUGGGGUAGACAUUGCCCUGGGCAGCUCACAGAGAUUUGGGGUGCCGCUGGGCUAUGGGGGACCACAUGCAGCCUUUUUUGCUGUCCGAGAAGGUUUGGUGAGAAUGAUGCCUGGAAGAAUGGUGGGGGUAACAAGAGAUGCCACUGGAAAAGAAGUAUAUCGUCUUGCUCUUCAAACCAGGGAGCAACAUAUCCGGAGAGACAAGGCUACCAGCAACAUCUGCACAGCUCAGGCCCUCUUGGCGAAUAUGGCUGCCAUGUUUGCCAUCUACCAUGGUUCCCAUGGGCUGGAGCACAUUGCUAGGAGAGUACAUAAUGCCACUUUGAUUUUGUCUGAAGGUCUCAAGCGAGCCGGGCAUCAACUCCAGCACGACUUGUUCUUUGACACUUUGAAGAUUCAGUGUGGCUGCUCAGUGAAAGAAGUCUUGGACAGGGCUGCUCAACAGCAAAUCAAUUUUCGGGUCUUUGAGGAUGGCACACUUGGUAUUUCUCUUGAUGAAACAGUCAAUGAGAAAGAUCUGGAUGACUUGUUGUGGAUCUUUGGCUGUGAAUCUUCUGCAGAACUGGUUGCUGAAAGUAUGGGAGAGGAGCUGAGAGGUAUCCUAGGAACAGCUUUCAAGAGAACUAGCCCAUUUCUCACACACCAGGUGUUUAACAGCUAUCACUCAGAAACAAAUAUCGUUCGGUAUAUGAAGAAAUUAGAAAACAAAGACAUUUCACUUGUUCACAGCAUGAUUCCACUGGGAUCCUGCACCAUGAAGCUCAACAGUUCAUCUGAACUAAGACCUAUCACAUGGAAAGAAUUUGCAAACAUCCACCCCUUUGUGCCUCUGGACCAAGCUCAAGGGUACCAACAACUUUUCCAAGAGCUUGAGAAAGAUUUGUGUGAAAUCACAGGCUAUGAUCGAUUCUCUUUCCAGCCUAACAGCGGAGCCCAGGGGGAGUACGCCGGCCUGGCCACCAUCCGGGCCUACUUAGACGGGAAAGGCGAGCGGCACCGCACGGUUUGCCUCAUUCCUAAGUCAGCACAUGGGACCAACCCGGCCAGCGCCCAGAUGGCAGGCAUGAAGAUUCAGCCCGUGGAGGUGGAUAAAUAUGGGAAUAUUGAUGUCUCUCACCUCAAGGCCAUGGUGGACAAACACAAAGAGAACCUGGCAGCGAUCAUGAUCACGUACCCAUCCACCAACGGGGUGUUUGAAGAGAAUGUUAGCGACUUGUGUGACCUGAUCCACCAGCACGGAGGACAAGUCUACCUGGACGGGGCAAAUAUGAAUGCUCAGGUGGGACUUUGUCGACCUGGAGACUUUGGUUCUGAUGUCUCACACUUAAACCUUCACAAGACCUUCUGCAUUCCCCACGGUGGAGGUGGCCCAGGCAUGGGGCCCAUCGGAGUGAAGAAGCAUCUUGCCCCCUUUCUGCCCAAUCAUCCCAUCCCUUUGGUAAAGCAGAGUGAGGACGUCUGGCCUUUGGGUACUGUCAGUGCAGCCCCGUGGGGCUCCAGUUCCAUCUUGCCCAUUUCAUGGGCUUACAUUAAGAUGAUGGGAAGCAAGGGCCUGAAACAGGCCACGGAAACUGCUAUAUUAAAUGCCAACUACAUGGCCAAGCGAUUAGAAAAACACUACAGAGUCCUUUUUAGGGGUGCAAGAGGUUAUGUGGCUCAUGAAUUUAUUUUGGACAUAAGACCCUUCAAAAAGUCUGCAAAUAUUGAGGCUGUGGAUGUUGCUAAAAGGCUCCAGGAUUAUGGAUUUCAUGCCCCUACCAUGUCCUGGCCUGUGGCGGGGACCCUUAUGGUGGAGCCCACAGAAUCAGAAGACAAGGCAGAGCUGGACAGAUUCUGCGAUGCCAUGAUCAGCAUUCGGCAAGAAAUUGCCGACAUCGAGGAGGGCCGCAUUGACCCCAGGGUCAAUCCAGUGAAGAUGUCUCCACACUCCCUGAUCUGCAUUGCAUCCUCCCACUGGGAUCGACCAUAUUCCAGAGAGGUGGCGGCAUUCCCCCUGCCCUUUGUGAAACCAGAGAACAAAUUCUGGCCAAACAUUGCCCGGAUCGAUGACAUAUAUGGAGACCAGCACCUGGUCUGCACCUGCCCACCUAUGGAAGUUUAUGAGUCCCCCUUCUCUGAACAGAAGAGGGCCUCUUCUUAGUCCUCUCUCCCCUAAUUUCACGUGACUGGUUUGAUGUGUCUCUCCAAGCAUUUGAUAAGCAAGAAGUGUUUCAUAUCCCACCCCAAGGCUCAAGUAGGGGUUUUAUAUACGGCAUAUAUUUUUGUAAUCUGUCAAGGUAAAUGUAAAUACAAAUAGUAUAGUGAGUGGAAGCUCAUCAUUGGAAGACUGAUUUGCUUCGGUGCUUCUGCUUCCACAUGUAACAGUUGAUGUUCAAGUUACCUUGAGUGGGAGCCAUUUAGUUUUUUUGCAUAGAAGAAUUUGGAUAUGCUAGAAUUUUAAGUUUCAAUGUAGCAAGUUUGCACACAUUAUAAAGGCUAGACUGGAAACUCAAUACACCUACUUCUGUUCCAAAUAUAAGUCCUUGUGGACUGUGCCAUCUGUGGGAAAUCCCAGGGCAAUUGUUUACAUUUUGUAUAAAGUGAAGAAAUCUUUUUCUCCAACUAAUUUGCCUAAUCUAUAAUAGCAUUUGAUUGAUCUGUGUUUUUUAUCUGCAUUUAUUAGUAGUCGUCUAAUAAAAGCAUUUCAAU